AUGCAGUCCCACUACACGUGGAACGUCUGCGUCCUCGGGCGCCUGCUGCAGAAAUCGCCCUCCAGCUGCGUGGCCCUGUGGUACCCGCUAUUGGACCAGGAGACGAUCGCGAGCCUGCACAACCAGGGCCAGAACCUCGCCGCGGGCAGCGUGCUCGUGGCCGAGUUGUGGCUCGGCAGCUCGCAACGCGGAGAUGUUGGUCGUGAGCCCGCUCCCUGCCGUCCAUGCGCAGCUCGUCGCGGCGAUGCCUGGGCUGGGCGCGGCGCUACGGGCCACGGGCUUCGGCUGCUGCGGCUGGGAGCCAUCUUUGGCUGGACGGGGCCUUUCGGUGGCCUCGCGUCGUCGUAG